AUGGAGAUAAAACGGAGACUUUAUUCCUAUUAUCAAAUAAAAGGAAAUCAAGAUGACAGCUUUAUCUUUAUUCGCAAGCUCUUCACCUUUAUUAUGGCACGGAAACAAAGCUUGAAAAGCCGCACUGCUGUCGUAUGGUUGCUCACUCGGGACGACCUUCAACAAGCCGAUCGACAGCAUCUCCUCGCGCAAUUCCACCUUGUCUUCCCGAUGUACCAUUUCACUGAAAAAGCCUGGGCAAAAGUGGUGAGACGUGCACUCCUCGAGGUUGAAAAGAAAUUGUGGGCCACGGACGAAGAAGACGACUCGGAAUCAGGCUCAUCGAUCUCUAUAAGUGUUGGCAACGUCAGUAUCAACUCUUUGUCGCAUGAAGUGGAAGAUCAAGAACAGCUCGAAGCUAAUCAAGAAGCCUCUUCUUCAAGUGUUUCACAAACCGACACCCGGCUCAUUCGUUUGGAGAAAAAGCUCGACAAAGUUACCAAUGAAGUCCACAAUGUCUUGCAGCUUCUCGGAUACGAAGGCAAUGAGAAAAAGCUUCGUCGAGGCCUG